AUGUUGAGGUGGCGAGAUCAUUUCACGAAAGAGCUGCUUGGCGAAGUGCGCGAAAAAGCGUCAGAGGGUGAGCCAUGGGCGACGGCCGAAACGGGGUGGAGCGCAGACCGGAGAGCCACGGACGAAAGCAAGCAGCCGGCCGGAGGAGCACAUGCUGACGCGCUGCAUUCCCGACCACUAGCCUGCGCAAUUCUCAGUUGGUCUGUUGCUUGGCCGUCGAACGAUAUGCAGAGGGCUUACGACCCUGCCAUGACGAUCAGGGAGCCCAACUCCCGCAACUGCGAGCCUCGGCCAUCUGAAUCCAAAAGGUAUCUUCUUUUCUCGAAUUUUCGCUUUUUUCUUCUUGAUAUCUUCGUUGACAAAGCUUCACUGACAAUAUUGUUUUGGAAUCUGAACGGUUUCAAAUCUUUUUUUUUUCAAGCGCUUUCGAUUGGGCAAAAAGCUUGAUAAAGUUCGAUCCAGUGUCUUUUAUAAAUUAUAUGUCUUCCACAGUGACAAGUUCAUGGGAGAAAAAACCAAUUAACUUCAUCCCUCUUUUUAGUACAAAAAUAAAUUCGGAAUAGAAUAUUAACGGCAAUGAUUCAAUGUAAAUUUCAUCGUCUCCAUUAUUUUGUGCUACUGCUGCAUCUUACUCUUAGAAUUAUUCUCUACUUGUUUUACGUUCAAUAAGUUUUAAGUGUUUUUCUCCCUGAACGUCCAAAAUUUUCCCCUUUUAUUCUUCAUUUUUCUUCAACAUUUUUCUCGAAACUGUAAAAUCAUGAAGAUCAUGGAUGUUUGGAUUAUUUUUUGAGAUUUUUAACUUCCUCUUUUUUUCUCAUAGAAAUGUUGUAGAAAGUCCGACGUAUCAGUUUCCCGGUCAUCACUGGUACAUGGAACUCAAACGAGUCCCAAUUCCGACACUUGGUACGACACUGAUGCAUUUCUGUUGGUACGGUUUUUUUUUUGAGUUAUUCUUUUCAUGAACAAUAUAAAACGGAAAUAAGGGCGCGCAAUUGUUGUUUGGUGGGGGAUAAGCUUUCAAGGAGGACGCCUGAUCGAGUGGCUACGGUCCGGUCUCGCGAGAACACCGCGAGUUCCAUUCAAACCACCAAGAGCCUCGAGUUUUGAUCCGAAGACCAUCGAUCGCAAAAAUAACAAAAAAAAAUUGGAAAAUGUUGUGUAUUUCGAUUUUAUCCUAUUUUUUGAGCUUCUCAAAUGUCUGAACGGGGAUUCUUCACAGUCUUCAUGCCUAUAUUCCUAGAGAUGCAAUAUCUUAAAGUUUCAAAUAAUAGGUGGCCUGUCUGUUUUUGUGUUACACAGGAUUUUCUGAACCUUAACUACCAAACCAAAACUUCAGGCAAUUGACAUCUUCAUGAGGUCUCCUCUGCGCAAAUUGGUCAAAUACAUAGGAAAUUUUGAAUUUCACACCUUGUAAGUCAGUAGGAUUUCAGAACAACAUCAAAAAUGAAAAUUUUCUCCAUACUUUCAAUUUUUUGAGUUUUCAAUCUCUAUUUUUAAUAGUGUAAGCGCCAGAUAUAGUUUCAAAAGCGUCACAGAGAAAAAAAAAAUGAAAUCACUGCACAAAAGAAGCAUUUUUUAAGUUGAGAAAACGUUUUCCGUUAUUGGCAAGAAAUUCUUCAGCUGAUUUUGGGACACAAAGCCCACUUUUUCAAGGUUAUAGUCCUUUUUUGGAAUAGUUUGUUCUUUUCACUGUUUGCGCCCGCCGGUCCUGGCGUUGCCUCAACAGAUUUUUCGCAGGCGCGUGUUUCGAACCGGAAGUUUUUGUCAGGUGUCAAAAACCGAGCAAUUCUUUAAAAAUCCAAAUUCUUCAACAACAAUUUUCAGGACCAAGUGAAAGAAGUUUUGGACAAGCUGAGUGAAGGUUCGAUCGAUGACGAGAUAUGGGGGAAAAUAGUUGUCAUGGAAAGGUAAAGUUUUAACUAGAAAAAUCUGUCAUCCGAAAAAUUUGAGGUGCAAACGGGUUGCAAAAGCUUACUUGCGGAAAACAACGGUUAUUAUCGACGGGUCUGAAGACGAAUUCGAUGGGAAAACAUUGGGUUUCAAUCACUUUGACAAUUCUACACGUGAUGAACACAUUCAGGAAAUUCGAAGCAAAAUAGCUGAUGUGAGUUUUAUGUACAACAUGUGUUCAUGAAAAUCAAAAAUGACCAUUUUUAGGGCGUCAUACUGAAAAUGGACUUCCAAGGGAACAUAAAAGGAAUGGCUCGCGGAGCAACUCCUGUAGUCUGCCAAGGAUGGAAAGACACCCGGUCAAACUGUAUCUCCGAUAGACUGGUCCGACUUCAAGGAAAGCUCAACCACGGAGUUUCAGAAGACGAGAAGGCCUACAAAGUAAGUUCCUCCUGUGGUUUUUUUUCUCGGCCGCUUCCAAGGGCUUUCGUUCUGUCGAAAGCGCAAACAAGCUCAGCUGGUCUUGCGCAACGUCCGCCGUUUACGCCAAACCAAAAAAACGGUCGUUUCCGGCAAUCCUGUCUUUAAUUGUCUUUAGGAACACGUCGGCUUUUUUGACGGCCGAAAGAACUGAGCCUUCACGGAUAAUUAAUUGUUUCAGAUGUUUGAUAUGCGCAAGUUCAAAAAUGCUUUGGAAAGAGAACUUCAAGAAGAGGCUCCAGAUGCAAGAACUUUACUUCUCAAAACCUGUGUUCGAGUGGCAUUAGUGAAAGUACGUUGGAUAAUUUCUCGAAUUCGAAAAAUCAGCACUUCGGGGUUUCUUUUUAAAUUUUUUUGAAACACUUCUCAGUUUAUUGAAGAAAAAAAUCCUGGCAGUUUCAACCUGCAAAACUUCUUAACUGUCAGAAAAGGAAAUCUUGAAAUUAAAUAAUUCUAUUUUUUCUCUAGUUUUUCAAAAAGUAUUUGAGCCAAGUUUUCUGAAAAAUUCGAAAUGCAAAAUGAAAAAAUCUAGAAAGAACGCGAUCAUUCAAUUCAGGACGGACCGGAUAUGAAUCGAACACCGUGUUGGUUUGCCGUGGUUAACCUUGUGGCGCUUGACAUGGUCAAAGAAAAAAUUCCCAAAAUAAAAUCCAUACGUAGGAAUAGAACAAAUUAUUCCGAUUUCACGAUUUUUUAGUGUCAAGAGAAGCUACGUGCGGCUCGAAGACGGCUCCUGCGGAAGGACUCGACACCCAAACCUUGACUCAAAUCAUUGCAGCUGCAGUCACGCAGGCCAGCAAAGGGUUUUUGAGGAAAGAAAGCCUUUUUUCGAAAUAAUGUGGUUCAGAUAUUCAAUGAGCCAGUCUUUACAAAAUCUGGCAAUUUCCCCUGAACAAUUAGCUCAAAUUGCAACCACGCUUAAUACAGCCUCUCAGAAUAGGAACACUUCCGAACUGACUACAAUUAAUAAAAAAGACAAAAAGUUAGUUAUUUUUGAGUUUAAUGACGCUGACAGCUUAUGUGAAUCAUAUUUGCUUUAGAAAAACUUACCACUGUUCGACGUCGUCAAUGGAUUCUUCGGGCGAAGAUUCUGCCAACGUUCGGUCAGAAUCUGGAGUAAAAGGGAGAGCAAAGCGAUGGGAACAACCAGCCAAACCGUCAUCUGGAGUGUCGGAAAGCGCGAUAGAGAACGAGAAAACUAAUGACUUCAACGUGAGAUAGGGAUUCCUGAUUGUUUGAGAUAUAUUUUCAGAAAAAAACAACGAGAGCCCCUUAUAGACCUCGUCUUCAAGACGUGAUUUUCACGAGGUGUCAAUCGACGACUAGUGAUUACGACAGCAAUAAAGAACAAUUCGACUCGGGCAGCUGGAGUUCAACUCAGAGUCGUUAUCAAGUAAAUCUUGUUUUUUUUCUAGUAUUCACGAAAAAGUUUAGUUUUCAAUGCGCUGUUUUAAGGAACGAAGAUCAACUUCUUCUUCAGUAGUAUCAGACCAAGAGCUCGCAGCCUUGGUCCGAGAUGAUGUCAGGAGCUCGAAUCGAUCUCAAGGUAUGAAGAAAGAGUUGAAAAAAGUGAUCUCCGCCAAGAAAUUAUUGACUAAUUAAUCUUCAACUUAUCGAAUAAACUUGCAGAUACUAAUAUUUACGAGCGGACAGCCGAAAUAGUCGCUCCAACGCCAAGGAUUAACAGCCGAAUACACACGAACCCGCUAACUAACGAGCAUUUACCGGCUAGAAGGACUAACUCGAGAGAAGAUCGACUGGAAGAAUCAGAAGAGAAGCGGCCGACGUCAGUUUGGGUGCCUGACACGAUGGUGCGCGAGAAGUCGUGCUCUCCACCGCCGCCGUUGCCUCUCUCUCUCGAACCUGCCGUCGGUAGGUCCAGCUUCUUGUCGCACUUAAUUUGUUAACGGCUUUCACACAAGUUCAUCAAACACGCCAAUUAAUAUAAUAAAAUAACAAAAACUAUCUAUUCACGUUUUCGAAAGUUAGGUUUUGGCUCACAACUGUAAUAAAUAACUAUUUGCUUCACGAAGUCCAUUGAAAUUGAAUUCUUGUUAUAUUUCGCUUAAUAAUUGAGUUUGCAGAACCUGCUGGACAUGUUUAUACGGCGUAAGUUUGCAUUUUUGCAUGUUUUCUCUGCUAGAAAUCAGUCAUAAAUGAUUUUCCGGCAUUGUUCCUCAGAGUUGCUUACAUCCCUGGACUUUUUCAAGAAUUCAAAAAGUCACGAAUAUUUGCUUCAGCUUGAAUGGCAACAUCAUUGAGCGACGCAGCGACACGGUAAUGCGCCUGUUUGCUUUGGUAGCUGGUGUGCGUGUACCCCUUACCUUUUUAUUCCAUUUUUGUUGCCUUCCUUCCGGAAAAGAUGAAAGGGAACAUCUUAGAGGUGUUUGGCGAAUUCCUCCUGUGAAUUUAAAUUUUGAGUUGGACUUGUUUAAUAUCACUGAAGCACUACUGGUCCUAACGCUCUUCUAACUAAAAUAACAACUCGAACAAGGUUAGUUCAACAAGAGAUCAACAUAAGUCAUUCAUAAUUAUUUUUUUAUACAAAAACAUUUUUGUACAGAAAACCGAAUGUUCCGUUCAUGUUUUUUUGAUUACAAGUUUGUGCAUGGAGUGUUCUUAGCAAGCAAUAAUUUAUCUGAAUUUUUUUGAGAUUUACUGCUCACGGAAUGAAAAAAAGUGUAAUUUUUUUAUACUUGGUGCGGAUACGAAGUUUUUUAUUCCUGUCUCUUAGUUUGCCAAAUAUUUUUUUCAGUUUUUUUAGUUUUGAUUCUACUAUUAUUUUUUUACGGCUUUGAAAAACGCUUCUUAUUUUUCAACACGAUCAUAUUUCAAUGACUACAUUUCUAAGCACUCUGUAGACACCUCUCAAACAAUUUUUAAAAAAAUUUAGAAAAGUUGAGAGAGGCUUUUUUGUGACUGUGGGUUAGAUUCUUCAAAAUUUGAAUGUCGUAACGGAAUGUUUUUUUUUUGUCGGAACGUUUGUUGGGAAUGCGUUUUGAAUGAUUUCCGAACUCGGAAAUAACUUUCUAGCUGUUCAGAACGCAGUUUACCAGAGGAACAGCGAGGAGAUGGAAAAGCGCUACGGUCGCAAUCUCAGCCGCACCGAAUCGAGAGCUGCCAGCCGAACUCCAUUCGAUCACGAACUCCGACAAGUCGGUUGAAAUCGAAGACGUUUUCCGAAGAAACUAUAGGUUCUGGAGCAGCGGGCGAACUUCCAACGGGUUGGACGCAACCACUCACAGCCAGUCGGAGCUUUUCCCAACUUGCGACACUUCGCUUCCGAAAGAGCAGUCGAUCGCCAAAGCGACAGAGCCGCCAGCACCACACCCAGUCUCCAGCCUCGAGGUCUCCGCCGAGUCCACAACCUCUCCCAGCUCCCCGCCGUCCGAGUCCCACCAAACCUCGUCCAAUCUACACUGGUCAGUUUGGAUUUGUGAAAUUACUUCAGCCUUAAUAACAAUAUCUUUCUCGCCUGUCACAGUUUGAUGAUCUGUCUUUCACUUUCUUCUCUUUCAGGCAAAAAUGGAAUGAUUUUAGCUUCAAAUUGCUCAUUCAAGACAUGUUAAUUUUAUUGCUUUCAGGUUUUUUUUUCGAGUUUUUUUUUAUUUCCAGUAGCAUAAAAAGCGAAAUAAACUUUGUAAAUGGCCCAUCCUUCUUGACUUGGAAGACCAAAUGAGUCAAUUGGCAAGGGUAACGCCUUGAGGUUGCAGGCGGAAACCUUUUUUCAAAUUAUUUUUGUCGGCGUUUGACCUCGAGUUCCCGUUAAAAAACCGCAUCGCGUACGCAACGCUUUCCCCCUGUCAAUCUGCUUAUCUCGCUUUUCAAGACGGGAAGGUUUGGCUUUAUAGGCAUUGAGAAAGGCUGACUUGCAAUUUUUUCCAUUUGGAGAAACACGAAAAAUCUUAUGUAAAUUUUGUUACAGUGUCGAGAGCAGCCACUAGUGCGAGUAACCCGAACAGGCUCCCUGCCUUGGGGUCAAUGGCAACACAUGAGAAGAACACACAUGUGA